AUGGCCUCGUCAAACUACACCGUCCUCACCAGCGACGAAGACUUUGCCAGCGUCUUCAACCCCUCUUCCUCUACUGUCUAUGCUCUGAACUUUUGGGCCUCAUGGGCACCUCCUUGUGCCCAGAUGAACGAGGUCUUUGAGGAGCUUGCCACCAAGAAUACCUCCAUCAGAUUCAUCAAGAUUGAGGCUGAAAAGUUCCCCGACAUCUCUGAAGAGUACGAAAUUGCCGCUGUUCCCAGCUUUGUCCUUGUCAAGGAAGGCAAGGUUGUCGAUCGUGUCGAGGGUGCUAAUGCCCCUGAACUUUCAAAGACAAUUGCAAAGUACUCAAAGUCGAGCUCGACCACCGCAUCGUUAUCUCACCCCUCUGCCGCAGCUGUCGGCAGCGCUGGCUCCCCUUCAGUUGCUCCACCAACUUUGUCGCCUGAGGAGAUGAACGCUAGACUCAAGGAAUUGACCAGUAGCUCCAGCGUCAUGGCCUUUAUCAAAGGAACACCCACUGCGCCCCGAUGCCAGUUCUCACGUCAGCUGUUGGAGAUUUUGACCGCCCAAAAUAUCCGAUUCAGCUCCUUCAACAUUCUGGCUGAUGAUGAGGUUCGGCAGGCCAUGAAGACAUUCUCAGACUGGCCAACAUUUCCUCAGGUCUAUGUCAAAGGUGAAUUCGUGGGAGGUCUGGAUGUUGUCAAGGAGAUGGUCGCAACGGGCGAGUUUCAGGCCUUGGUUCCAGCAGAAAAGGAUCUCAAGACGCGCAUGGAUGAAUUGAUCAACAAGGCACCUCUGAUGAUUUUUAUCAAGGGUAGCCCAGAGACCCCACGCUGCGGAUUUUCAAAGUGA